AUGCAGUUCCACCCACUCCUCGCCACUAUCCUCGCCCUACCUCUGGCCCUCGCGGCCCCUACCCCCGCACCGGGUGACAACUACGUCCUCUCUCCUCUAAAGGAGAAUCCAGUAACUAGCAUCCUCCCCCGCGCAGACGCCGCAGAUCCCUCCUUCACCGACGACGCAAAGUUCCAGUCCGAAUUGCUCGUUCACCACAACCACCUCCGCGGCGAGCACACCGCCGGACAGCUUGUCUGGGAUCCGGAGCUGGCACGCACGGCGGCUGAGUUGACGAAUACGUGUGUUUAUGAGCAUUCGUACGCAGCGCGCAACGGCGGUCCCUACGGCGAAAACAUAGCACUCGGCUACCCGACCGUCCGCGACACCUGCUACGCAUGGGGCGAGGCCGAGCGCGCGUCCUACACGCCGGCCGAGUACGAGCACCCGUCGUACAAUAGCCGCAUGGGCCACUUUACGCAGAUUGUGUGGGUGGGAACGCAGCGGGUUGGGUGUGCGCGCAAGCUCUGCGACGGCCGAUGGUUCGUGGCGUGUGAGUACUCCACGAGGGGGAACAUAAGGGCGGAGGAGUACUACAAGAAGAAUGUGUUGCCCCCGGUGGCGAAGGCUUAG